AUGAGGAAGCAUCCAGCUCUAAGUUCAUUACGACAGUUCAGAGGUCCAUUAAAGAAACUUAUUAAAAAUUCUCACUCACAAUCUAAUGGAUUAUCACGCCCUUUUGGUCUAAUUCCAAGUCAACCCAGCACAUCGAUUUUACUAAAACCGUUGGAGAGUUUUGAAGACAAAACUGUUGAACCAGUCGUUUAUCAAGUUGAUAUUCUUUCGAAUUGGGGGGAUCCAGAAAAAAUUGCUUGCUCAGCAAUUUGGUUUUUAGAUGAACAAAGACAUCUGAUUAAGCCAAUGAAAAUAUCUUCAAUACCAUUUUCUAAUCAAGAAGUUUUAAGUAAGCUAUCUGGAGUUUCGCUCGUGAAGGGAGAAGAAAAUAUGAUUUGGCAUUCAAAAUGGCCACCUGAAGAUGCCAAUACAAUAACUUUAGUUUUCUUUUUACCAAGUAAUCAGAAACCCGAGUACACAAGGAUAUGGAAUACGACUUCACUUGGUGAUGCUUCAGUCAAGAAAGUUCGAGUUCUUUGUGGGGAAGAAGAACUGUUUAUAGGUGAAAUACCUAGGUGUUAUGGAACAGAUGUUCAUUUGUGCAAUAAUUUCAUUAAACCGGCAAAAACUACAUUUUCUAUUCAAGAUAUUUUAGGUAUAAAGCAAUCCCCAGCAAUUCUAAAAGACAAAUAUGGCAUAAUUCCGCUUAAACCCAUUAAGCAAGUUGAAAUUUCAAUUUUGGCUAAUUAUGGCGGACAACAAUAUUUUGGCUUAAAUGCAUUAGACUUUUAUGACGAAAAUUAUGAAAUAAUUCCAUGGUCAGAAAUCGAUGACAUUAAAAUUAAAAAUUGUGCAAACUUUACAGAUCCAAAGAAGUUAUUUAAAGACAUCAAAGAAACUUGCGAUGAUAAUGAUAUGUUUGCCGCUGAAUUUGAUAAAGAAAAGAAGACAAUUCCAAAAAUUUCCAUUCUUUUCAAAACCCCAGUUUUUGUUUCUCAGAUUGUUUUUUGGAACUAUAAUGGUUGCGCUCGUGGUACCAUCAUUGGAGCAAAAUAUGUUAGAAUAAGUAUGCACAACGUAUCUAAAUGGAGCGGAAAAAUUAAAAAAGGACUCUCAGUUAAAGAAAACGUUGGAGCAACAGCAACAGCUAUAUGGCUUAUUGACAUUGAUGAGCUUUAUAAGAAAGAAUAUAAAUUGAAUCAUUGA